AUGACCUCUUUUGUACGAUCAGCGAAGAAUAUUUAUGGGGAGUGCAAAGAGCCCGCAUACAAUGCAUUAUCCUACACUUGGGGAAGAUAUAGCGAUCCAAAAGGUGCUUCAAUUCCGGUCAAGAAUGUGACUUGGACCGUACCACCAAUCAGCGAGUCUCAUUUCUCAAGAAAUGAGUUCGUGAAUGCUAUUCAAGCAGCCGGUGUUGGUGUCUCUUACGUCUGGGUCGACGUGGCCUGCAUAGAUCAGGAGGACAAUACGGUCAAAAUUGAUGAGAUCGGCAAGCAAGCUGCCAUCUUCCGAAGAGCAGCCAGAGUGUUCGCGUGGCUUGUGCCAUGGACAUUGGAAGCCUUAGAGGAUUGCCUAUCACCUAUCGAACACUACUACAGUCGUCAGCCAUUAGAUGCAUCGAAAGACGAUAUCAAAGGAAGUACCCUGGACUCUGCAUACUUUUCACGGACAUCGAAAUGCAUGAAUUCGCUGGACACAAUCACUUCCAUUCUGGACGCCGUCCAAGACCUUCGCCAUCAACCCUGGUUUACGUCACUAUGGACGCUGCAGGAAGCCUACCUUCGCAAAGACGCCAUUAUUCUCUCUCGUUCCUCCGCUGGUCCCUCACUAGUGCAUCGAAUGGAUGCAGAUUUCCGCAUGCCUUUGACGAUAAACUGGCUUCUGGUUCGCUGCCAGCAAAUUUACACCAUGUGUCGUCUAGAAUCUACUCCUUCUUCCAUGGCGGUCUGCCAAACACUCAUGGAUUCUGGCCUUCUCGCACUCAGCGCUGUCAAUGAAUGGUCUCUCUACAGCGCCUCCACAAAGCGCCAGGCUAGCUUACAUGAAGAUCGAGUCUACGGCAUCAUGCAAGUAUACAACAUUCGUCUCGGCGCACAGUCGGAUUUUUCGAGACUCGAGGAUUCGCUAGGUUUCCAUUUGAAUGAUAAAGAUCCUGUUCUAUCACAGCUGCACGUUCAUGAGCAACCGCCUGGAGAGGGCAAAGCCUGGCGUGUAAGCAGACACAUGACUAUUCCUUUUGUGUACGUUGGUGCUCUGACUUCGGGAAUUAAGUGCACCAUUUCAGCCAGUCCAAGGAAAAUCCCGCUUUACGAUGGCAAAGUCUGCGAUUUCGACGCACUGGUGGACGAGUGGCACAAGAACUGGCUUCAUCGAAAAAAUGCCGGCCUUUCCCUCUUCGAAGCCCAUGUGGCUCUCGAUGCUCAGAGUCAUCCUCCUCGAACUGCUGACAUCUUCUCAUUGCAUGAGGAUAAUCUUUUGCCUGAUUCAUCAGUCCUGACAUUGCCGAAUAGCGAGCGUGUGCGGUUUACACAUUUGCAAUCACAUUUUCCUCGACUGCUUACCGAUUACAAGGUGCUUAUGAUGGGAUGGAUAUCCUGUGGAGAUCUAGAACCGGGACCCCGCUGGGUAGGCCUUGUGGUCAAUCAGCGCACUCAAUCUAUUGGCAAGCCUUGGAUUCGCGUGGGAGUCUGUUCAUGGCCCGGAAUGAUUACAGGCAGAAACGACCUCAUGUCGCUACAUGGACGGCCGGACGAUUUAUCAGAGGGCCUGUGGAAGACUGUCACGGGGAGACUUGGUUGA